AUGCCACUGCUCGGAGGCUCCGUGGCCUAUUUCGCUGUGACUGGCAUGGCCACGGUGGGGUGGUUCGGUGCAUACGCAGUGCCGGUGUUCUUCCGGAUCAUUCAAUCUGACAAGGACUUCAAUCCCGGGCCGUUCUAUCUGCCCAACUACAUUGGCCACACCGGCGGCAAGUGCGUCCACGUCCUUGCUCUCACAUACGUCGUCUACACCAUGGUCGUCUUUGUUAUCCCGACGGAAUAUCCUGUAACGGCAGAGAAUUUCAACUAUGCUGCUGUGGGAAUUGUGGUCGUGGUAGCCAUGUUCCUUCUAUGGUGGUUUCUUGACGCUCACCGGUGGUUCAAAGGCCCUAAAAUUGCAAAGCAAGAGGACCAGGUGGACGCAAAGCCACAGGAGCAACAGGAGCAAUACCAGCACAUACAACCUUUCCAUGACGACUCUUAUAACGAGGAUAUCCAUGGGGUUUUCCCGCAUGACGUGAUUCUCGAGUCCCGUCAAAACGCGACUGCUCAUCGAUUGAAUCCCGAUGCUACCCGUCAAGAAGAAGGAGCGAAUGCCUCUCCUGAAUCCUCGCUGACACUAGUGACCCACUCUCAGCCUGCUGACGUGGCGAUUGAGAAGUCAGAUGACGUGGCAGCUGACGUGGCAGCUGCCGUGGAAUCCGAAGCGGACGGCGAGGUUGUAAGCAAGGAAGCAGCGAUCGGCGGCACGCUGGCCGCGGGAGCGCUGAUUAUCAGCGUCGUCGCGUCGCUGGCGCUGCUAGGAUACAUGUUCAAGGACGAAAUCUCCGGCGCGAUCGACUACUUUACAGCGUACAUCGAAGGCGCGGGUCCCGGAGGAUAUGUGACGUUCGUUCUAGGGUACUCGGUUCUGGAGGUGCUCGCGGUGCCGGCUAUCCCGCUGACGCUGUCCGCCGGUGUGCUGUUCGGCCCCGUCUUGGGCACGUUCCUCUGCAGCCUCUCCGGCACGAUCUCUGCUACAGUCGCGUUUCUGAUCGCGCGGUACGUGGCGCGCGAUCGCAUUCUGGACAUGGUGCGAGGCAACAAGAAGUACGAAGCCAUCGACCGCGCAGUGGGGAACAACUCGUUCCGCAUCGUCACUCUGCUGCGCCUCAGCCCGCUCAUGCCCUUCUCCCUCGGAAACUACUUUUACGGACUCACUUCCGUGAAGCUUCUCCCGUACAUCCUUGGCACGUGGAUUGGCAUGCUGCCAGGCACGUGGGCGUAUGUCAGCGCCGGAUCUUUUGGCCGCUCCUUAUUGGAGGCGGAGAGUGGGAGCUCAUUGCUGGGGGACUCGUCUCUAUAUUCGCUGCUGGGUGGGGUGGCCCUCACAGCCUUUGCAGCCACUUACAUCACCAAGAUUGUGCAGGAUGCUGUGAAGGAAGCAGAGUAG